ACAUCACAGAAUUGCAUGUUUUCUGUUGUCUACAAAGAGUCCUCUUCAGACGUCAAACUGGCGGCCGUAGCAAAGAAGAGCAAGAAGGCUGAGGAUGAGGAGCAGCCAGCGGCCCCGGCCCCAGCAGCUGCAGCUGCAGCACCGACAGCCACUGCGGCAACAGAGGAAGCACCUCCGGUAGAAGCAGCAGCGGCGGCGGCUCCAGCCACAGCGGCAGCUCCUGCAGAGGAGGAGGAAGAGGAGGAGUACGUGGUGGAAAAGGUUCUGGACCGCCGUGUGGUGCGGGGCAAAGUCGAGUUUCUGCUGAAAUGGAAAGGCUUUUCAGACGAGGACAACACAUGGGAGCCGGAAGAAAACUUGGACUGUCCCGACCUGAUUGCAGAGUACAUGCAGAAACACAAAGAGAGGGAGGAGAAGAAGAAGGAGAGUAAGAGGAAAGCUUCCAGCGAGGCGUCUGGAGACGCAGAGGAGCGGGCCAGCAAGAAGAGAAAGGAGGAGGGGGACAAGGCCAGAGGUUUUGGCCGAGGCCUGCAGCCUGAGAGGAUUAUUGGAGCCACCGACUCCAGUGGAGAGCUGAUGUUUCUAAUGAAGUGGAAGAACUCUGACGAGGCGGACCUUGUACCGGCCAAAGAAGCCAACGUCAAAUGUCCGCAGGUAGUGAUCUCUUUUUACGAGGAACGCCUCACAUGGCACUCUUACCCCACAGAAGAAGAGGAAAAGAAGGAGGAGGAAAAAAAGGACUAGUGGAUGAGAGGAGGUACAAACGGGGUGAAGAGGAAGUGUGGCGAUGCAGGGCAGGAAAUCAGCUUCCCACCAGUUGACUGUUAACUUUCAGUUUCUCUGACAUCCUACAGUGUGAGGAUCAGCAGCUGUCAGUGGAAGUGAUAGAAAAUCUGUUUUCCUGCCCUGUAAGGACUCGAGUCCUGAAAAGAUGUUCCCACCCGUUAGCGGUUGCAGCGGUUUGUUUCCAGCAGGUGUGUUUGACAUCUGCAUUCUGUUCUGUCCCCUUACCAUGAAUGUGUUGUGCCUUCAACAAGUAUUCUUCCAGACCGCCGCGUAUCCGAUGGGAAAGAAAAACUAACAUGGUUAAACAUUAAGGUCAAUGUUUGGUUUUGGAUGAAGUUCGUCUCUCCCCAAAGUGUUGAGCUGAUGGCGCUGCAGCCGCAGCAGAAAGAAUCUGAGAUGGGUGGGAACUUCUUUUAAACAAUAGAAAAGCAGUGAAUUUUCCAACACAGACAGAAAACAGUUUUUUUUCCUUUGUGACUCUCAUUCAGAAACAUUGCUGAUCUGAUCCCACCAAUAUUUUACUCUAAAGUGAACAGUUUCAGUGAAAUCAUUUUUUUUGCCUUAUGUUUUCUUGUCUGAGGUAAAGUGCUCUGUAACAAAGUGGACUUCAGUAGUAUUAGGGUAUGGCUUGCAAUAUGCUGAAAACUCUUCCUUUAGAAAAUGGUUCAUGUUCACUGUGUCCCACAUCUGUUUUCUAGGUUAUAAAAUCUUAGCAUGCACUGCUGGGCAACUCAACUAUUCAUCUGUUCUCAGUUGCCAGGCGUUUUUUUAAGACGCUCGGCAUACAGAGAGGAAAAAACCGUCUCACUUCUUUAUUGUUUUCUGUCAAAGCUUUCCAAUUAUGUGUUAACUGUAGCCCAGCUGUGCAUUUCUAUGUAAACUGUAAUAGUGUUGUAGUUUUCUUUGUUAGCACAUUUGGAUUGGAUUGAUUUCUUUUCUUUCUUUUUUUUAUCUGGUUUCUUCCUGCUUGUCAUUCGUUAGGAGCCAUGCCGUUUUAAUACAUGAAGUAGUGACGCAUGUAUUGCACCUUCGUCAUUUUAAAGAUUUGCUAUAUAACAACUAUCCAUUCUGGCUCAACUGAAAACUGUUUUAAAGCAUUUCAUAAAUUUCAGUUGUUGGUGAUUUAGUUAUAUUUCUUUACCACAUCUAUCAGCAAUUUAAAUAUAAUUUCCUACAUGCUCUCUGCUGAUGUAUCAAAGUUCUAUUCAUCUGUGCUAUGUAUUUUUUUUUUUUUCAGAUAUCUUUUUUGUUCCUAGUGGAUUUGCUUGUUGAUCUGUUGCAUGUCUGUUGAUCUACUUUUAAAUGCUGAUUUCAACAAUAAAUGAUUUGGGACCCA